UCUCCAGCCAUUCCGCUUGCUUGUAUUUUUUUUGUUAUUUUUUUGACUUUGGCUUUUGGCAUUUAGCAUUUGGCAGCAACACACCUGAAUGGACCCAGACAGCAAACAGCUCCUGCGACCCACGCAGGUGCUCGACAGUUUCGAUGUGUACAAGACACGCACAAGUCUGUACUUUGUUGGGUCGAACGAGUCGUCAGGGUACUACCGGGUGGUGCGCUAUAUGUUUGGUGCUUCCAGUUUUGGACAACCGCUUGAUCACUGAUUUUACUCGAUCACCACCCUCGCCAGAAAAAAAUGGUUUUUCAUAAAGCUCGACCGGCUCUCCACUUCCAGUGCUACAGCCUCUUUACCUCUCUACAACUUUUAAAAUGGCCGACGCAGAGAAGACGACGACGACGACAACACAGCCGGAGGCGACCACAGUAUUGGCGCAGUUCCAGACGGCAGACGGUGACAAGACCGGCCCGCCGCUCAGCCUGCCGUCGGAUGUGACAUCGGAGCAGCUGAGUUUCCUGAUCAACAAGCUGCUUGAGAACGAGGAGACACGGCCCUACUCGUUCUAUGUCGACGGCACAGAGAUUGCACGUAGCGUGCAGAAGGACAUUCUUGAGGGGGCGCAGAAGUCGGCUGAGGAGACGUUGGUGAUUGUGUACCAGCCGCAGGCGUUCUUCAAGGUGCGCGCCGUGACGCGGUGCUCGUCAAGCAUGACUGGGCAUACUGAGGCUGUGCUGUCUGUCAGCUUCAGCCCCGACGGGCGGCAGCUGGCCAGUGGAUCGGGCGACACAACAGUGCGUAUCUGGGAUCUGGCCACCGAGACCCCGCAGUUUACAUGCACGGGCCACAAGAACUGGGUGCUGUCGAUUGCAUGGGCGCCCAAUGCGCAGACCCUGGCAUCGGGAAGCAUGGACAACACGGUUCGGCUGUGGGACCCGCACACCGGUAAGCCGCUCGGCGGACCUCUGACCGGCCACAAGAAGUGGAUCACGUCGCUGGCAUGGGAGCCGCUGCAUCUGAACCCCAAGGCUAACCGGCUUGCCAGCUCGUCCAAGGACGGCACAGUGCGCGUGUGGGACACAGCGCUCCGGCGCUGCCUGUUCACGCUGGCCGGACACACGGCGGCAGUCACAUGCGUGCGGUGGGGUGGUGACGGGCGCAUCUACACGAGCUCGCAGGACAAGACGAUCAAGAUCUGGAACACCGACGGCAGUCUGUACAAGACGCUGACGGGCCACGCGCACUGGGUCAACACGCUGGCGUUCAGCACCGACUUUGUGCUGCGCACGGGCGCCUUUGACCACACGGCGCGGGCGCCAGCCGACGAGGACGAGGCACAGAAGAAGGCGCUGAAGCGCUACAACGAGGCCAAGGGCAAGGGUCCCGAGCGCCUGGUGUCGGGAUCCGACGACUUUACCAUGUUCCUGUGGGAGCCGCUGGCCAGCAACAAGCCGGUGUCUCGCAUGACGGGCCAUCAGAAGGUGGUCAACCACGUCAGCUUCAGCCCCGAUGGGCGGCUGGUCGCGAGCGCGUCGUUUGACAACAGCGUCAAGUUGUGGGACGGCAAGACAGGCAAGUUCAUUGCCUCGCUGCGCGGGCACGUGGCCGCUGUGUACCAGGUGUGCUGGUCGGCCGACAGCCGCAUGCUGCUCAGUGCCAGCAAGGACAGCACGCUCAAGAUCUGGGAUCUGCGGACAAAGAAGAUGAAGCUGGAGCUGCCCGGCCACUCGGACGAGGUCUUCACCGUCGACUGGUCUCCGGGCGGCGACCGCGUUGCCAGCGGCGGCAAGGAUCGGGUGCUCAAGCUGUGGAAGAACUGAGAAGGGGUCCAAGUUCAAAUAUAAUUUUUUUUGAUUUAGGAUAUGAUUAUUUGGAAGCAGCCUGCU